GGUGCGCUGCCCUAAGGGAAGAGGGUGGGCCUGAGGUCCUGAACGAGCCUUUCCAAACCCCACUCCCAAUGCAGGGAGGGAAAAGUUCAGAAGCAGCCGCAAGGGGACACAGGCCAAUUUUGCCAGUUCAACAGGACAGGACAUUCAAUAAACCCAGCCCGCUCUGGAAAAGGGUCGGGGCUCCUGUUGGCUCCACAGAGGCUGAGGUAGCCCCCUGCCGCCGCCCUCGCCACCGCUGCCGCCGCCGCCGCCGCUGCCCCUGCGUUACUGGGGGAGACGGUGCCGCUGCGACAGGGGAGGACGCGGCUGGAGCUCAAGGAGGCUCCAGCGCGCAGGCGCCGCCGAGCCCUGCCUGGAUGUUCAGUCAAGGCACUAAGGCAAAAAAAAAAUCAGCAGUUUAUAGAAAGAAGAAGCUAUAGUCUGUCGGGAUAUCCAACACCAACAGUACAUUCAGACAAUGCAUCUUCAGUAGGGCUUACUGAGAGCUCCAUUUCUGGAAAGCGUUGCAAGACUGAGGAAUAUCAGACUGCGAAUCACCGGGAACAGUUCCCUUGCAGCACAGAAGCAAUCUCUCCCCAUCUUCGCAUAUUCUGAUGGCAAAUCAAAUGGAAGAAAAGAGGAAGCAUGACUGCAGAUCGGAUCAGUUCUCUUUGUGGAUUACAUUUUCAGUAAAAUGCAUGGAUAUAUCUUUUCCUUGUUCUUAUAUCUAGAUCAUGAGACUUGACUGAGGCUGUAUCUUUAUCCUCCAUCCAUCUAUGGCGAACUAUAGCCAUGCAGCUGACAACAUUUUGCAAAAUCUCUCUCCUCUAACAGCCUUUCUGAAACUGACUUCCUUGGGUUUCAUAAUAGGAGUCAGCGUGGUGGGCAACCUUCUGAUCUCCAUUUUGCUAGUGAAAGAUAAGACCUUGCAUAGAGCACCUUACUACUUCCUGUUGGAUCUCUGCUGUUCAGAUAUCCUCAGAUCUGCAAUUUGUUUCCCAUUUGUAUUCAACUCUGUCAAAAAUGGCUCUACCUGGACUUAUGGGACUCUGACUUGCAAAGUGAUUGCCUUUCUGGGGGUUUUGUCCUGUUUCCACACUGCUUUCAUGCUCUUCUGUAUCAGUGUCACCAGAUACUUAGCUAUUGCCCAUCACCGCUUCUAUACAAAGAGGCUGACCUUUUGGACGUGUCUGGCUGUGAUCUGCAUGGUGUGGACUCUGUCUGUGGCCAUGGCAUUCCCCCCAGUUCUGGAUGUGGGCACUUACUCAUUCAUUAGGGAAGAAGAUCAAUGCACCUUCCAACACCGCUCCUUCAGGGCUAAUGAUUCCUUAGGAUUUAUGCUGCUCCUUGCCCUCAUCCUCCUAGCUACACAGCUUGUCUACCUCAAGCUGAUAUUUUUUGUCCACGACCGAAGGAAAAUGAAGCCAGUCCAGUUUGUAGCAGCAGUCAGCCAGAACUGGACUUUUCAUGGCCCUGGAGCCAGUGGCCAGGCAGCUGCCAAUUGGCUAGCAGGAUUUGGAAGGGGUCCCACACCACCCACCUUGCUGGGCAUCAGGCAAAAUGCAAACACCACGAGCAGAAGAAGGCUAUUGGUCUUAGAUGAGUUCAAAAUGGAGAAAAGAAUCAGCAGAAUGUUCUAUAUAAUGACUUUUCUCUUCUUAACCUUGUGGGGCCCCUACCUGGUGGCCUGUUACUGGAGAGUUUUUGCAAGAGGGCCUGUAGUACCAGGGGGAUUUCUAACAGCUGCUGUCUGGAUGAGUUUUGCCCAAGCAGGAAUCAAUCCUUUUGUCUGCAUUUUCUCCAACAGGGAGCUGAGGCGCUGUUUCAGCACAACCCUUCUUUACUGCAGAAAAUCCAGGUUACCAAGGGAACCUUACUGUGUUAUAUGAAGGAGCAUCUGUACAUCUUUAGCCUUGUGAAACACUAACCUUCUCUGCUAAGCAAUUGUGGCCUGUAGCCAUUUCUUGAGAAGAAAAUCAAGAAUGGGAUCAGCAGUUAUAAGGAUUUGGGCAACAUUCUGCAGUCUUUGCAAUAGUUCACCUAUAAUCCUAUUUUAAAUCUCAGAGUGAUCCUGCUGACUGCCGGCGAAGGUUUGUAAUUAAGAAAGGACUGAACCACUGCCCUAAAUUUCUUUAUGUGGUUGAAAACUAGAUAAUGAAAGUAGCAGGUGCUAAGUAUCAGUGCUAAACGCUGUGUAUAUCACUACUUACGAAAAAACAUCAAAAAAAAAAACCAAUUAGCAUUGGACAUCUUAAUAAAUUAAGUUGACAUGAGGUAAAUGUGUUGAUAAAAACUAAUUUUAGAAGUUUGAAGACUUUAAAACAUUUCAUACUAUUAUUGUUUUGCAAGGACUAAAAUAUUUGGGGACUUAAAGUACUGUAAUUCACUAAAGACAUGCCAUGAAUUAUUGGAUUACCACACUUUUAAAAAAUCGCCUUGUAAGUUUUGGGGAGCAUUCCAAAGCAGUAUAUUGGUUCCAAUUAGAGUUUACUUUUUUUGUAUUAAUACAUUACUGUUUCUAAAUACCACUUUCCUUACCUACUAGUGAAAUUGCUAGCAUCGAACUGUAUUAUGUGGUUUUUGUUGAUUUGGUAUAAAGUUUUUCCAAUUCAUCUAUAUUUUACAAAUACUAGAUACUGGUCUGGGAGGCAACAUUAAUGGUACCAACCGGUCUCAACUGAGCAGUUCUAAUAAUGCAGAAUAAACACAUGUUGCCUUAAAGGAUUAUCUAGUAUCUUUCAUCUUAUUUAGCAUUGGAGCAAACUGGAGUCAUGGGAAAUUGAAUCAGUAACUGGUCAUGAUCAUGCAACUGGAAGUGCAUGGACGAUCAUUUAAUACUCUUUCCUUUUUCCUCACAUGGUUUGAAAAUUAAGGUGCACAUCACUGGGAUAAUGAGAUUUUCUUCUGAGUUGUGCUACCCAUUCUAGUGUGUUCUAAGAAGGAGGCAGUUGAUGUGUGUUUAUAUUUUAAGUCAGCUGUCAAGGGGAGACCACAGCCUUAGUAUGACAUCCUGCACAAUUUGUAAAGCCUUUAUUCUACCGAAGGCACAGUCUUGUUUAUACUUUCUGCACAUUCAGUGUAUUGGUCGUUUAAAUUAUUUCAGUUUUAACUUGUGAAAGCUUAUAAUAUGAUUUCUAGUAUUUCAGAAAUACAUUAGAGUCUGUGAGUCUCAUUCUUCAAGAUACAGAUGUGUGAAUUUCAAUAUAAAGUUGCAUUUGCCAAAAUUUACUUGUGUAGCCUGUUACUUUUCUUGGAAUAAAUUUUACAUUUUUGGCAGUUAAUUUUUUUUUUAAUUGGGAGGCAAGCACAAAAUAGGAAGACUAGCUUUAUUAUGGUUUUGUUUCUUUAUUUUUGUAGCUACUAUAUUCUGGAACUGAAAAUGCAUGAAUGAUGGGGAACCUAAAGCUGAUAAACUGACAAAUAAUAUUAUCUGCAAAAGCAUUAUUUGGUAGCUUUUGUCGUAUUUAUCCUAUUUAUUCUUACAAAGCCAGUAAUAUUUAAAGAUGUAAACCUGCUUAGUUGGUUGGUUCAGAAUUUUAAUAUAAACAUCACAUUUUAUUUUGGGCCAUGGUAGAAAUUUUGGAUUCUAAAUACAUAACUUGUAAGAAGAAUGGUUUACAAUUACAUUAUGACAAAACCAGAAAAGUUGUUAUUGUUUUUGUUUGUUGUUCAUUGUUUUUGUUUGUUUGGGGGUUUUAUUUUU